AGAAGAAGAAGACGACGUCAUUUCCGGUUUAUAAUACAGCUGCCACUGAAAAAUAAGAUGGAGGGCAAAAACAAUAUUGCGGAUCUGGACGCUCGUUUGCAAGAGCUCGAACAACGCGUUUAUGGAGAAAGAGGACAAAACAACACUAAGCCAAUAAAGUGUGCUGAAUCACUCACAAGGAUCAGUGCCGCUCUUGCAAAUACAGCAAACAAGAGAGAGCGAGUCAAGAUCCUUCACAAGAAAAUUGAAGAUUUGCUGAAGUAUUUGGAUCCUCAGUUCACAGACUUCAUAGCUGUGCCAGAUGCAAUGAAAUUGGAGUUUAUUUUAGCAGAGGAAGAGUUUUUGCGUUCCCAGGCUGCAUUACUGGAACAGGUGCACAAUCUGCAACCUCUUCUGGACAGUAACCACAUAAAAGCUGUUCCAGAGCUGACCACUAAAGUGCAGCGACUGUCUGAAAUCCACAUUCAACAGCAGGAUAAGAAUGAAGAGUUGUCUUCAGAAGUGAAAAGGCUUUUUGAAGAAUACAACAAAAUGAUGUUUCUUUUAUCAAAACAGUUCUCACAGUGGGAUGAAACCCUUCGAACACUGGAAGGAUCCAAGCAAGGCCAGCAGAUAGAUUAGGAUAGUAAUGUUUAGACUGAUAUUUCAUUAAAAACUGCUUCUGUCAUGUCUAUUUAUUGGAUAUAUAAUUCAUUAUAAAAACAAAAGUCAUUCCUACUUGAACCUUGUUGUUCUUUAGUAAAAUACUGAAUUCAUAUUUACAUAAACUAAAUCCUUCAGUAGUAUAAGGUGCUUGGAAGUUAUUUUCAGCCUAUAUUCUGUCAUUAGUGAAGCAUUGGGAUUUUUCUAACUCGUAUUUGUUAUUAUUUAUUCCAGAAGUUGUGAGGGUGGUCUUUUUUUGUUUUUUUUUUUACCCUCAAAAGGUUUUUUGUGAAGAAAAACAUAAUAAAAGUGAGAACCAAUAAAGCAACAUUUCAGUAAUACAA